AUGCCACUAGAUUUACGACUACCGCUAGUAUAUAAGCGUGUCGACAAUAUUCUAGCAAUUAAUUUGCAAACAUGGAAGAAGAAGCUAACGGACACGGCAAGAAACGAAACUUUUUCACGCGCUACCGAGACUUACUCCAAGUCGGAAAACAGCAUCAACACACAACAUGGAACUGAAGAUUCUGCACAAAAACAAAUACCAUUGCAGUUUCCCGAGCUAAUUACAAAUGGAAACGAAACUUCUUCACACGCUACCGAGACCUACUCAGAAACAUCCAAGUCGGAAAACAGCAUACGUGAGAUUGACACACAACCUAAAACUGAAGACCCUGCACAAAAACAAAUGCCAUUACAGUUUCCCGAGCCAAUUACCAAUGGAAACGAAACUUCUUCACACGCUACCGAGACUUACUCAGAAACGUCCAAGUCGGAAAGCAGCAUACGUGAGAUUAACACACAGCAUGAAACUGAAGACCCUGCGCAAAAACAAAUGCCAUUGCAGUUUUCCGAGCCAAUUAACAAUGAUCAAAAUGCGGACGGUCAGCAUUCCGGCGACGGACCUGUCUCUGCAAAAGAAGACGAUAAUAUAAAUGACAGAAGCCCUAAUGUGAAAGUCAGUAAUAUCCACCGAACCAUCCCCAAUUUAUAUCAACUUGUUGAAUUGUGUUUGGACAAAAGCACUACAAGUUCCGUGCGCAAGGCCAUUAUUCAUCCAGAAGAACUGGAAAAAGUCUGUAAUACGUUGGUUCCCGGAAGUUAUCGUUCGGUCUCUGAUAUACAAUUUAACGAACUGGCAGACGUCGAUAUUCAACUAAUUGGUUGCUAUGGAAAUUAUAAGAUUAUUUCUAAGCUGUUGCUUCAAAACAAAGUCAUUGACAAAGAUAGAUACGAGAAAUUUAUUAAGGACGAACAAUCAUUGGCUCCCGGGCUCUAUUUGCUAAUUAUUGAGUCGGAUAUGAAUCACCAGCAGUCGCAGGAAACUGCUGUGGCAGCCAUUACAAAGUUUGGCCUUGUAAUCUUAUGGCCGGAAAAGCAUUUUUACGAUGAAAAAGAAAUUCUGACAAACGCAACGAACCUUCACCGAUUUCUUACGCGAUUGACGGACCAUCAAAUCUGCUUAAUGAGUGAAGAAGAUUUAAGAAAUUUUUCCUUUUCAAAUACUAAUUUAACAAAUGCAAGCAGGCUUGUUAACAUUAAAGUUAAGACAAACCGAAAACAAGAAAAAGGUGUCUCAGUUGGAAAAAAUGGAUUCGAGAUCAAGGUACCGGAACUCGCCAUAUGUAGUGGAGAUCCAUCAAAAGCUUUCAUCAUAGAGUCAAAUACACUACAAUCCUUGGCCGUUAUGCAAAACAUUAGUGAAUCCACAACUAUGUCGAAAGGAAUGACUAAGAAAUUUAACUCUUCUUAUGAAUUUCAAGGGUUCUUGAAAAGGAAGUUGGAUGAAGAACAUUAUGCGUUGAGUUUAAGUGAUUUGAGUAUGGAUAAACUAGAUCUUUUGAUUAACGAGGGUUUAGCUAAACCUGAUCUUUUAGUUGAAUAUAAGAACAAAAUAUCAGACUUGAUAAAACAAAGGGAUGAAAAAAUUAAUGAGUACAAAAAAAUAGUAAAUCAAUGGGCUCUUUCAACUCUGAAAAAUUAUGAUAUUCUCUUUAAAAAGGGGCUUUUUAGUUUCAACACAUCUUCAAUAAAGGACAACCUCGAUCUUCAAGAACUUUAUGUUGGACAUGCAGAAGUUUGCAAAGACAUAGAGGCUAAGAUUAUACAGAUUGGUAGCAAGGAGUGGAAGUCAUUAAAGCGUGAAUUUUGCAAUAAAAAGAAACAGCUGGCUAAUUCAAAAGCUAAGUCUGCAUUGAGUACCGUUUGCAACGUUUUGACAAAUAGCAAGAAUGGAAUUGAUACAAUAUCAGAUGCCAAAUUUAUUGCUGUUAUAGUACACAUUGCAAAUGAAACUGAUAUUGCAAAGCUUCAGAAGGAGUAUCAAAAGUGGAAGGAUGAAGAGAAUAUUAACAAAAAGCUGGAGGAAUGUUGGAAACCGCAUAUUAAAAAUAUGACUGAAGAUAGAAGUUUUUUCAAGUAUGCGGAAAAAUUAUAUCAUCUCGGUAAAAUAGAAUCUGAAAAAUUGAAGAAAAAACUUGAAUCAAUGUAUUCUGCUGAGAAGAAAAUGUUUGUCAAAAAUUUGCAAACAUAUCAAAGAAUAUUGGAAUUACCUGACAGGAUAGCAAAUGCCAAUUACACAAAUACAAGUUUAUCGACUUCAUAUCGAAACAUCUUAUAUAUAAAUGCGAGUUUUGAAAUCAGGAAACUUUGCCAACUUGAUGAUGGAAAAUUCGUUCUGGUUUUAUGGGACACCGAAAAAAAUGUUUAUGCUAUCUUUUAUGGAACGCUUCCUGAACUAAAGGAAAAAUUCAAACGAGAUUCAGUGCCAUCUCGGGUCAGACUCAUGGACGAACCUCAGGAUUCGCUGAUUGCAGUAAAUUACUCGACGGGUUUUAUGGCAACAUAUAGUAACGACGAAUGUGGUGUUCUGAAUAUUUACAAUAUUUACGGUAAUGAGACAGAGGUGGGUCCGCUAUAUUCAAAUCUCGUACGAAAAUAUCAGUUAUCAACACUUAAGCACCUCUUGUGGAUCGGUGAAUCUUCAAUGCUCUUUGUUAAAGAAGAUGGGGAAGCUUAUACAUUCGACUACAUGAAUUGUUGUUUAAACAAUUUUGAAAAAUUUCCCAAGGAUGCAGCCUCUAUUCUAAGCUCACCAGAUUGUUCUUGUAUAUUUGUGUUCAAACAAAAGACUAACGAAAACGUUAAUACGGCAGUUAGCAAGAUUGCAGGCAAUGUCUUAGUUGAUACUGGAGAGUUUUCAGAAGGAAUUGAAGACAAACACCCAGCAGUUCCUGUUAAUACGAAUGAGGAUACAGUACAAGCACUUGUAUUUUUUGUAAAACAAGGCGAACCACUGGAAAUCGAAAUUCCCUUAUCCUCACAUUCUUUAAUUCAUUAUCGAUUCAUGUAUUUUGAGCAAAUCCAACAUUUUGUUGCGCUUGACUUGGCACAUAACUUAGUAGUUUCAGCAAAA